AUCCUACGCACACUGACUCGACACACGCUCUCUAUAGUCUAUACUCUGUGCGCUAUAUUCUGUUCAGCCACUAUAAUGGCAACUGAGCUACAACCACCCGAAGCCCCAAUCCCAGGCGGCCCAACCGCCACCACAACAACCGCAACCGCCACAGCAAUAACAACCACAACUGCCGCAAUAACUGUAUCAACCGCCCCACCCUCUUCCGAAAACCCGGCCCCAGCUUUAGCCCCAAAACGACAGCGCCGGCCCAGCGUCCGAUUAGGCGAGAUCGGUGACCAACCCGCCACUCUCUCUUACGAAUCGCACGUGCGUCGAAGCAAACACCAACCCUGGCGACUCCCCAAGGACCACUCGCACGUGCCUCAGCCUCAUCCUCAUCCUCAGACUCAGCCUCUUUCUAGUAAGUCCGUUAAGGCUCGCUCCAUUACUAACCUCGUUAACGGCGGAGAUUCUAACGACGUCAUCAUCCAAGAACACGAGGAUAGGAACCAAAAUAACGGUGACGGAAACCUAGAAUUCGUGAACCGGAAGAAAGCGAAGCGGGGCUCCGUAGCGAAACGGGUCCGAUCCAAUUGGGUAUCGAAAAUCGACGAAUCGGCAGGGCCCGAAGGAGAUAGCAGAGAAGACGAAGGGUUUCGAGAUUUCUUCGAUCCAGACUCAGAUAGUCCAUUGAAGGAGCAUAGUCCAGUCCAUUCCGUUGACAACGUGGCACUCGAUAUAUGGCACAAUAGAAGGCAAUCGAGGCCCAGGGUUUCGGAGGAAAACGACGCCGAAUUGGAGAAUUAUCCGGAGUCGGACUCGAGGGAUCGGAGAUGCGAGACGAGUGAAGGGGUGAGGUCGUGGCUUAUCGACUUAGGGUUGAGCCGGUACGCGCCGGUGUUUGAGAUACACGAGGUGGACGACGACGUUUUGCCAUUGUUGACGCUCGAGGAUCUUAAGGAUAUGGGAAUAAACGCCGUCGGAUCGAGGCGCAAAAUGUACAAUGCAAUUCAAAAGCUUCGCAAGGGGUUUUCGUGAGUGUAGUGUAAUUUUUGUUGUACUAAUAUUUUACUGCUGUUGCUCUUUAGUACUGCUAAUAAUAUAAAUUUGUAGUAGUGUAACAUGUUAUAAGAAAACCCUCGGAAAUGUUGAAUAAAAAUGCAUGUCUGAGAUGGUUUGAGCUUAGAUAAUAAUCACAUGAUAUUGAUAAUA